AUGUGUAAAGGAAAUCUAUAUGUCAUUAGCCCGGAAGUUCUUCGUAGGAAAGACAUGGCGGCCAUGUAUUCGUGGUCUUGCAAUGGGUUUAUGAGGGAGAGUGCCAGGACCAGGGACAAUAACCUCCUUCGGAAUUUUGAGUUAUCCGGAAUCCCGUCGGCUCCCACGGGUGUCCCGCAGAUGAACGUGACGUUCGACAUCGACGCCAAUGGUAUCUUGAACGUAACGGAGGAGGACAAAACAGCGGGCGUGAAAAAUAAAAUAACGAUCGCGAACGAUAAGGGGAGGCUGGGCAAGGAGGAUAUUGAGAAGAUGGUGAAGGAUGCGGAGAGGUAUAAGGUAGAGGACGAGGAGGUGAAGAAGAAGGUGAAGGCGAAGAAACCACUCGAGAACUACGAAUACAACAUGAGAAGACGGUGGAGUGGCUGGACCGAAACCAGUUGGCAGAGGUGGACGAGCUGGAGGAAAGACUAA